AUCGAGAUCCAAGCCUGACGUGUUUGGCGAUCGAUUGCCGAUCCACAUUGUUUACAAUAGCUUAGAAAUUAUAACUUAGAUUUAUAACUACAAGAUCUUAAAAAUUUUCCUACUCAUUGGAAAUCAACAACAAUUUAGGAUUUGUGAUAAAACUGUUUGUAAAACUUUAAAACUUUUUUGUAAAAGUGUAAAUAUUUUGGAUACCAGUGUUGUACAAGAUAAAGUGCUUAUAAUGACUGUGCGAAGUCCCUGGUUAGCUCGGUUAGCAAGCAUCAAAGGCGCUAUCAAUCAGGUGCUGAUUGUCCUUUUGAUUAACAUACCAACUCUAUCUUUCGGGCUGGCACUAGGCUGGGUAUCUCUGGCAAGUGGUGAGGGAGGUCCCGAAGCAUCCCGAGGGGCAGUCAUCGCUUCAGUAACUACGUUCACCGCCUCGCUGGUGGGGGUUCCUCUCAGCGCUCGAGCCCUUGUUGCAGGAAGAAAGGUUGCGCUUAUAGGAACAUCUUUUUCCUUCGUGAUUUGCUGGUCGCUGAAAUUGGCGAGUGUAUGGGGCGGCGAGUGGUGUAUAGUGGCGGCACGGAUUGCAGCAGGUCUUGGUAGUGCUGCUGCUUGGGCGCUUUCGCCGCUGCUAGCGAGAGAGAUGUGCAGUGAAAAGUACCGUGGAGCAGCAGUAUCAGCGCUGGCGUUGAUCCACAACGCAGGUGUGCUGAUUAUGUAUCUGGCAGCAGAUUUCGCUGUGUCUCACAGGGCAGUGCUAUGGUGGUGCUUGGGACUAGCUUUAGGACACUGCGUUGUUUUCUCAUUUGUGCCUGAGUCUCCGUCGUUCCUUGCUGCUAAGGGAAAAAUAAAGGAGGCACGCGUGUCUCUGGCGUGGUUUCGCGGAAUGUCAGAAGACGACCCAGAGUUGGAGACCGAAUUAGCCAAGCUGCCACCACCCGAGAUUGAACAAACCCCUUUUAGCCUUGCCAAGGAAAUGUUGAAAGAUGUUCAAAGACGAAAAGCAUUCAUCAUCGGAGCAAUAGCAGUCAUAGGACAAGAAGCAUGCGGUGUUCUCGCCAUCCUGCAAUAUGCUGAACGUUUAUUUGUUCUUGCACGCGAAGAAGGCAAUACUGCACAAGAUACUACUGGUGCAGAAGUGACGAAAACCACUGUGGCAAUAUCUAGUUUAAUGGAUAAUGUAGUGACACGAGGUGACGAUUUAGGUAGAGUGACAAUGAUGCCUGUUGAUCAUGGAUCAAUGCCAGUAGAGUUGGUGACACCGGCAAGGCAUGCUGUGAUAAUCGGUGCGGUACAGCUAGCGACGUCGGCGCUAUCACUUUAUCUUGUCGAAAAGGUUGGACGACGGCCACUGCUGAUUUGGUGCGCGGUGCUGACGGGAGUGUUCCUGGCGCUGGCUGCUUGGUUGGUGGGCAUCAGCACCAGUGGCACGGCCGUCGCUAUCGCCUUCGCUAUAGCCGCGGACUCCGCCGGACUCCAGCCUGCUCCAUAUGCUGUACUCGCUGACAUGUUCCAUUACCAGUAUAGAGGAUGUGCUCUGAUGCUGGUAACAGCAGGCGCUUGCGUUGGAAAUGCAAUAGAAGUAGCAGUGUUCCCAGCAGUCGUCGCCGCUGGCGGCCUUCGAACAGGACUGAUCCUCGCUGCUGUAAUAACCCUGUCAUAUGCUCUAUUCGCAAUCUGCGCGGUCCCUGAAACGCGAGGCAAAUCGCCCGAGGAAAUAUACAACGCCAUCUGUCCCUUGAAUGAGACAACUGACUGUGAAAGUGGAAACUGUGACUGUGGACUAAAAAAGUGUAGUAAUUUGAAUUGUGGGACUAACGUGAAGAGUAAAGAAACUGAGUGUACCAAACUGAGACUAUCCACUAUGGGUCUAUUGGAUAAGUUGACAGCAUGGAUGAGCGGAGGAGUCACACAGGCCACGGUUCUAGUUCUGGGUUUAGACAACAGUGGGAAGAGCUCAUUAUUAAACGCGUUACGACCGCCCGAGCAACGAGCAGCGCUCACUGUGCCAACGGUCGCGCAACAGCAGGACAAUUUUCAGAGCGGCGGUGUAUCCUUUAGCGCUUGGGAUGUAUCUGGUGCAGCACGUAUGCGCGCGUUAUGGGAACGCCACUAUCGUUAUGCGAACGCUGUCAUCUUCGUUGUAGAUGCUGCUGAUCAUUUACGAUUAGUGGUGGCCCGCGAAGAACUGGAGCUGAUGUUAGCGCACCCGGAUAUGUUCGGACGUCGGAUUCCACUUCUGGUCCUCGCUAAUAAGAGCGACGCAUCACACGCCUUGUCUGCUACCCAAGUUGCCGCUGCUCUAGCUUUGGAGCGUAUAGCAGAUAAGCCGUGGCACAUUUGCGCAUGCAGCGCCCUCACGGGCUCCGGGUUGCCCGACGGCAUAGCGUGGCUGGCGCGACAGUUGCGCGAACAACGACCUCAUAAAUAA